AUUACCAAUCAAAGUAAAGCUUUGUUUUACUAGUUUGCAAAACAGCCGUCGUGUUGUGGAAAAAAUAUCAAAAACACGCUUUAAGAAAAGUAAAAAUCUACAAAGAAAUGGAGCUCAGAAUAAGAGUAAUGUCUCUGGAGGAAACUCGACGCACCCAACGGCCAUACCGUUAUGGCAUGAUGUUAUUAUGUGUUGGUGCUUUAGUCAAUUGGCUGGGAUUAGCCGAAAACUAUUCCGAACCAGUCAGAUACGCUGGAGUGGCAUGCAUUUUGGCGGGAGCCUGUCUAAUAUGUACUGCCAUGUGCUGUUGGCUACACACUCCAGGUCGAUCAGGGUCAAAUGGUUAUGAGAGCGAUGAUCCAGUACAGGUAAUAAGUACAAACGAAGAGCAAAGACGGGAGAAACCACCUGAUUAUGAUACGGUGGCCACAGCACCUCCUAGUUAUGAUGAUGCAAUCAAGCUAGAUCCUGCCGCUCUGUUACGUUUGUCUAUGACAUCAAACGUUAGCACUAACAGCAGUACUACUACCCAUGAUCCCGUAGUACAUCCUAGCUCAUCUCAGCUUGUACGGAAUAUACACAAUAAUGAAAACCACCAGGGCGACGAAAUAAGUCAACCAGUCGAAUGUUCUGUGGUGGUUAUUGAUGAUAAAAUGUGCCCUGACAAACCACCUCCUUAUCGAGCGUCAGGGACUGAGACCACUAAUAUGUUUAUUACUGAUCGAAAUUAUCAAAUUGACUGA